GCAGAGAAGAGUCAUUAAGAAAUUGUAAAAAUGCACAAUUUAGCUCAUAAUGUUCCAGUAUUGAGCACUCCAUCAUCGUUUGUAUAUAAUCAGUUCGGAACUUAUGGAACAACUUAUAAUCAAGUCUGUCAGUCCUCAUUAAUAGCUACAGUCCAACCUCCGCCGUCUGUGUCCACUUAUAUUAACUCGAUGGUUACCGCUCAAACAAUUACAACACCAGUCGUUUCCUCAAUAAACACUCAAAUUGUGAAUAGUCGCAAUGUUUUGUCUAGUAUACCGUCGCCGACAAUACCGAUGUUUUCAAUUAACAGUCGUCCAAACACAUCGACAAGAGAACAGCAUUCGAAUACUAGAACCACUAAUCCAAUCUUGUUUAAUAAUUCAACUAUGCAACAACAGUCAUUUUCCACUCAUCAUGCUAUACUAGCAGAGUCUCUUCAGUUAUCAAUACCAGCUCAUCAAAACAGAAUAAUUUCAUCAAACCGAGAUCCAACAACGUUUAAUAAUGUUUCGACACUACACCGUAUUGCAGUCCCUUACCAAGCGGUAUUCAAUCAAUUUUCAGCUGCAAUACCAAAUGCUCCUCGACACAAUAUCACUUUUGGACCCGAAGGCAGUAAUUUGUUUAUAUACCAUUUACCACAAGAGUUUAGUGACAACGAGCUCACUCAUAUGUUUAUGCCAUUCGGUCAGGUGCUGAGCUCAAAAGUCUACAUAGAUAGGGAAACAAAUCAAAGCAAAUGUUUCGGUUUUGUAUCAUUCGAUACCAACAAGUGCACAAACUGCCAUUCAAGUAAUGAAUGGUUUUCAGAUCUGCCAGAAGAGAUUAAAAGUACAAUUAAAACGCCCGAAGGAAAAAAAUUCUAGUAGAAUUUAUUUCUAAACAUAAUUGAUUUAUCAAAUUUGAACG